AUGAUAAAUUCUUUAAAAUAUAUCAACGAAAUAUUAUUAAAGAAGCAAUUAAAAAGUAGGCAUAUUUUCAAAAAAGGUCUUUUAAAUUAUUCCAGCUAUAGUAUUACAAUUGUAGAUAGGUUAGAAAAUACUAAGAUUAAAAAGGUAUAUGGGAAAGUGUCAAAAAAAGAAAGAGCACAAGAAAAGGAAAAAGGGAACAUUUCCGAAGAAGCAGAUAACCCUUUGAUAAAAAGGAAUUUUGAUUUAUACAAAGAGAAUAAAGAAAAGUCUAUAUUUUAUGAAAGUGAAAGAAUUAUAAAAUGUACAAGUGGCUCAGGUGGUAAUGGUCAUAUGAGUUUCAAAAAAUACAAAAGGAAAGUUUUUGGAUCUUUAGGUAUACCUAAUGGGGGUAAAGGAGGAAAUGGUGGAAGUAUAUACAUAUGUUAUACAAAUGGAAAGGAUAAUAUAAAAAAAAAAUCCAAGAGGAAUAAAAUCCAAACUGCUUAUAGUAAUAAAGAUAAAUAUAUAUAUAUUAAUAAUUUGAAUGAACUUUCUACAUCUCUUUAUGCUACUGAUGGAGAAAAUGGAAAGGCUAAUCAAUUGAGAGGGAGGAAUGGCAAAAGCAUUUUUAUUUAUUUGAAUAAAAUAUGUCAUGUGUAUGAACUUUUUUCGGACGAUAAGGAUAUAAAUAAUUGUGAUGAUAAUAUAAAUAUGUGUGAUGAUAAUAAUAAUAAUUGUGAUGAUAAUAAUAAUAAUUGUGAUGAUAAUAUAAAUAUGUGUGAUGAUAAUAAUAAUAAUUGUGAUGAUAAUAUAAAUAAUUGUGAUGAUAAUAUAAAUAAUUGUGAUGAUAAUAUAAAUAAUUGUGAUGAUAAUAUAAAUAAUUGUGAGGAUAAUAUAAAUAAUUGUGAUGAUAAUAUAAAUAAUUGUGAUGAUAAUAUAAAUAAUUGUGAUGAUAAUAUAAAUAAUUGUGAUGAUAAUAUAAAUAAUUGUGAUGAUAAUAUAAAUAAUUGUGAUGAUAAUAUAAAUAAUUGUGAGGAUAAUAUAAAUAAUUGUGAGGAUAAUAUAAAUAAUUGUGAUGAUAAUAUAAAUAAUUGUGAUGAUAAUAUAAAUAAUCGUGAUGAUAAUAACAUAAAUUGUAACACAUUCAAUGAUGUAUUAAAAAAAAAUGAUUGUCACAUAAAGAAAGAAUAUAAUUAUUUUUCAAAUUAUGAAAAGAAUGUGUAUAAUGUAUUAAAAAAAAAUGAUCCUGUUUAUAUCAAACGAAAUAAUCAUAUAUUAAAAGAAAUUAUGAAUAUAGAUAAAAAGGUAAGAAAACAAAGAUUUAUAGGUAUAUUGAGUGAGAAUAACAAUUGUAUAUUACUAGCUAAAGGAGGAGAAGGUGGGAAAGGAAAUAAUAUGAAUAAUACAUUUUCAUAUGAAAAUGGAAAAAAAGGUCAAGUUACAUAUAUUAAAAUAGUUUAUAAAUGUAUAAGUGAUAUUUGUAUUAUUGGAUAUGAACAGUCAGGUAAAUCUAGUAUUCUCUCAUUAAUAACUCAGAAAAUUGAGACCGCUAAUAAUUUAUAUAUAUUAAAAAAAAUAUAUUUUGCUGAUAUGUAUCAAAUAUCUGUGGCUGAUUUUUUUAAUAACGAUAAGCAAAUAAAAGAAGACAAAAGUGUACGUCUAAACGAAGAAAAUAAAAACAUGCCUUCAUUUUAUAUAAAUGAAAAUAUCUUCGGCUUUUUGGGAUUAACACACCUUUUGGUUAUUGUUCUGGAUAUGAGCUACGAUUUGAUAAGGCAAUUUAAAACUAUCAGGAAUCAAUUAAAGAGGAAGGACGAACAAAUUUAUAGGAAACCAUACAUUGUGGUCAUAAACAAAUGUGAUGUUAAUUUUAAAGAAAAAAUUAAAGACACAGAAAAAGCUUAUAACGAAAUAAAAAUGUAUGAUAAUGAUGAUGUUCCUAUUUUUUUUCUGAGUGCAAAAUAUGGCAUAGGAAUAAAUGAAUUUGUUAACGGUUUAAGGAGCUCUAUAAUUAAAUUAAAGAAAAACGGUACCUCGGUUUUAUGA